AUGCAAGGAGCUGGAGAAAUGCAAGGAGAUGGAGGAAUUAGAGAUAUGCAAAAUACAUCAAGUGGACACCACACUCCAAUUUUUUCAGCAAGUGGACAACAAACAACAAGUGGGCAACAAACUACAGCAACAACCGAUCUUCCACCAACUGGCGUAAAGAAAAGAAGACAUAAUGCCAAUGGUAAUAGAAAAAGAUCUGAGGUAUGGGAUCACUUUAACCUUAUUCCUAAUAGUGACCCACCAACCGCUGCGUGUAAGUAUUGCCAUCAAAUGUACAUGUGUGACUCUAAGAAACAUGGAACUUCAAACUUAAAGAGUCACAUGAAAACAUGUCCAAAGUAUCCAUUAAAUGUGUCUACUGACCCUACCCAAACAAUCUUGUCAUAUUCAACAACCGAGGGAAGUGGGCUGCUUUCAUUAAGUUCUAGGUUUAAUCAUGUUACUUGUAGAAACGGAUUGGCUUAUUUUAUCAUUUUAGAUGAGAAACCAUUCAAAACAGUUGAAUGGGAGGGGUUUAAGCACUUUUGUAGGCAAAUGCAACCCCAAUUUUGUAUACCGUCAAAGAGAACCAUAGCUAGGGUCUGCUAUCAGUUAUAUGUUGAUGAUAAUUAA